AUGCAACGGGAAGAUCUCCCCGACAGGGAAAAGAUAUUAAGGAGAGGGAACAUGCAUGCAGAUCGUGUAGAGGCGGAAGCAGCAGAGGAAGCAGCAGCAUUUCAGCGUCGGCAGCAGCAGCUGCUGCAGCAGCAGCAGCAGCGGCAAAAAUUUAAUUCAGCCUUAGCCAAGCGCCUAUUUACAGUAUUUAGUGCAGAUGCUACUUGUCCAGGGGGACCAGCAGCAGCAGCAGAUGGGUAUGGGGGCAGCACGAGUGCUGCUGCGGGUUCUGCUGCUGCAGCAGAUGCUGCAGCACCUGAAGUAGAUGCUGCUGCAGAGGCAGCAGCAGCAGCAGCAAUCACAGCAGCAAACACCUGUCUACAAUCUCGUGCUGCUUUAGGGGCUUUAUGGCAUAAACAUCAUUUUCCCCGUUUGUCUGCGCUGCAGAGGCAGCUGCGGCAUGCACGUCGUGAAGCAGCAGCAGCAGCAGCAGCAGCAGCAGCAGGAGUAGCAGCAGGCGUCCCUGUGCAGGGACCUACAUCAUCUGCGCGUGUAUCAACAGGAUCUACAUCAGCGGUAUCAUAUUGUGCUGCUGCAACUAGAUCAACUCCAUCAACAGCAGCAGCAACUGCAGCAGCAACAGCAGCAGCAGCUGCAGCAGCAGCAGCAGCAGACAGCAUGCAGCUGCAGCAGACACUACGACUGUCUCUUAAAUAUCUUAACUGUCUCUAUUUGUCUCUUUAUGGCGAAUUUAUUUUUAGAUCAUCGCAGCAAGCAUUAAAGGAGGCCAAGCAGCUACGAGCAGCAGGUUAUUAUGGAUCUGCAGCACCUGCUGUUGGUGCUGCUGCUGCUGCUGCUGCUGCUGUUGCUGCUUCUGCAGCAGCAGCAUCACAGCAACCCGCACAGUCCUCCCCAGAUACACAAGAAGACGCAACAUCAGAGCAUCCAGAUGUAGCUGCAUCAGCAGCAGCUGCUGCUGCUGUUGCAGCUGCUUGUGCUGCUCGAGCUGGAGAUGCUGCAUCAGCAGCACCAACAGCAGCAGCAGCAGCAGGCAGUGUAUGGGAUCAAAGUUAUCUUAGCAGACCUUUCAGGCUACAGGUGAGCAGCAGCAGCAGCAGCAGCAGCAGCAGCAGCAGGAGCAGCAGCAGCAGCAGUAGUAGUAGCAGUAGUGGUAGUAGUAGCAAUAGUAGUAGCAAUAGUAGUAGUAGCAGCAGCAACAAUGCUGCAUGCAGCGGGCAGCUGCAUGCAACUUAUUUUAGGAUGUGGGGUGUGCUGCACCGUCAGCUGCAGCAGCAAGUGCAGCAGCACCUGCAGCAGCUGCAGCAGGUGCAGCAGAUGCAACAGCUGCCUCUAUGGAGGAGAGAGCUGACACCAGAGGUUGCUGCCAGCUAUACCGUGCUCGAUGCUGCUGCUGCAGCCUUUGCUGCAGCAGCUAUCUACUGGAUCUUGCGUUCCGCCGUCAGCCCGUUUGCUGCAGGCAGCCAAGACGAGGUGACUCUCCUGCUGCAGCGGCUGAGCUCUGUAGAGAUUGGACCUCCUGCACCGCAGCAGCAGCAGCAACAGCAGCAACAACAGUCGCCGCAUCAGAAGCAACUACUGGCUACCAUUAUGAGGCGGUCGAGCGGGGUCCAACAGAAGCGGCAGCUGCAGCAGCAACAGCAGCAGCUGCUGCAGCAGCAGCAUUUGCAGAUGCAGCAGUGGAGUGUGCUGCUGCGGGAGUUCUCUCGUCUUCAGCUGUCUGUACACCUCUCUGUUGAUGUUGACGAUCUUCCUGCUGCUGCUGCUGCUUUUAAGGCAGAUUUUGCUGCGCUGCUUGGCAGGAGAGCAGUGCUACCAGUUGAGGCCCCCUUGCUGCUGCUGCUGCUGCUUGCUGCUGCUACUGGCUACCUCAAGGCAUCAGACGCAGUAGUAAAGCUGCAGCGCUCAACAGAAGCUGUGCUGCACUCCGUCCGGAGGCUGCGGCAGCAGCAGCGGGAAGAGCAGGAGCAGCAGGAGCAAAGUAGACAGCAGCACCAAAGGAAGCAGGUUCAGCAGCUGCAGCAGAUCAGGAAUCAUGCGAAACUGUGGGAGCUGCAACAGCAGCAGCAGCAGCAGCAGCGUGACCUCCUAAAAGAGCAGCAGCAACAAAGUGCUGCAGCAAAUGAACAGUGGGAUAAUCUCACUUGUGAGCUUUAUGAUCGCGUCACUGACAGCUUGCUGCAGAUGGUGCAGCAGCAGCAGCAACAAGAGGAGGAGCAGCAGCGGAAGCAGCAGCUGCAGCCAGAGCUGGUGCGGUUGCGCGAGCUGCAGCACGGGACACCCCAAAUGCAGGCAGCAUUAGAGCUCUGCUGCAGCAUCGCUGCAGCAUUAGCAGUAGCAGCACGCAACGCGCUUCUGCCCUUAAAGGCCGCAGCAGAAGCAGCAGGUCCUGCUGCUGAUGUGUCUUGUAGUUCCGAUGACAUUGAAUCGCCAAUCUGUGACAGCAGCAGCAGCAGCAGCAGCAGCAGCAGGAAGAGUGUGUGGGGUCGGUGGCUAAGUGGAGACACCGAGCCUGCAGCCAUUGCCUCUAUCUCCGCGUUGCUGUCUCCUCUCCAUCUCUUCUUAUUGCUGCUAGAGUCCUUUCCCCGCUUGCAGCGCGUCAAGAGCAACUGUAUAUCUGAGCUGCGAGCAGAGGUUGCUGCUUUGAUGCCGCUUCUGCUGGACUGCCGCGUCGUGUUUACUGCUGCAGCUGCUGUCGAGCAGCAGCAGCAGGAAGAGGAGGGGGAAGACGAGGAACCUGCAGAGAACCAGCAGCAGCAGCCGCUAAACCGCCGCCGCCGCCGCCGCUGGCGGCAGCAACAACGGCAAAAGAAGGAACAGCAGCAGCAGCAGCAGCAACAGAGGCAGGAAGAAAUGAUGUGUAAAGACAGCGAAGAGCUAGCGCAGCUGCAGGCAGCACUACAGGUGUCUCUACCGGAGGAUUGUCUCCUUACGGGUCUCCUCAAGCUGCCGUUGGCUUUCCCGCGGAAAUCUUUGCUGCUGGUGCAGCAGGAGGAGCAGCAGCAGGAGCAGCAGGAGCAGGAACAGAAGGACGAAGAUCAUAAGAGAACGGAGGGGCAUAUGUAUGGUGCUCCGUUAGCAGCAGCAGGAGAAGGCUUAUCGCAUCCCGGUUGUCCUUCAGCAAGUGACGAUGCAGCAGCAGCAGCAGCAGCAGCAGGAGCAGCAGGAGCAGCCGAUACAGAAGAUGUGGAUGAUCUGCUGCUGCUGAAGGCUCCUCUUCGUGUAUGCAAUGCGCAUAGUGCCCCUGAUGGUGUACAUCAUGGUUCCCUUCAAGCAGCAAGCUCGAGCUGGGCUGCUGCUCCUCCUCCUCCUCCUGCUGCUCCUUCUGCUGCUGCUGGUGUUGCAUCUUCUGCUCCAUGUGAUGUGCAGCAGCAGAUACAGUCAGCAGAAGAGGAGGACGACAGCGGAGGAGACUCCCAAGAGGAGACAAUAAAAGCAUCUGCAGCAGUAACUAAGCUGCGCAUAAGUCUUGGUGGCGUCGUUGCAGGUACAGCAGCAGGAGCAGCAGCUGGAGGAGAUGUGUGGUCAUCGCCUUCGUUUGCUGCAGCUCGAGCUGCACGUUUGUUGGUAUGUUUAUUGGAGUCUAACGAGUUGCGUGCUGCGCUGGAACAGGAGCUGGUGCUGCAGCAACAGCAGCAGCAGCAGCAGCAGGAAGCAGCAGAAGCUGCUCGUUUAGAGGAGGCCAUAGAAGCUGCAGAGGACCAGCAAGGGCUGGGGGGGUCAGAGGAAGUGCGAAAUAUGUAUUUAGCAGUUGAGGCAGCAGAGGUGCAGCGAAUGAAGGAGCAGCAGCAGCAGCUGCUGCAGCAGCGGCGGAGGCAGCGGGUAGAGGAUCUAGAUGAUGAGGAGGUAGAAGAGCAGGAAGAGGUAGAGGGAGUAGAGGAAGAAGAGCUGCAGGUGCCACAGCAGCAGCAGCAGCAUUUGCAGCAGCUGCAAUCGGAUGUGGAGUAUCCUGAGUUGGCCCACGCUACACAUUUUUCUCAGAGGCAUAGGUUUUCGCAGCAGCAGCAGCAGCAGCAGCAGUUGCUGCUGCAGCAACAGCAGCAGCAGCAACUGCAGCAAUUACGUGGUGUGUAUCCAUUACGAGGUUUUGCAUAUAGUGCCAGUAGAGGAGCUAGCAGCAAUCGUGGUGGUCGUGGUGGUGGUCAAUGGAGGCAACGUAAAGGGGGUUGUGGGGUAUAUAACAGUAGGGAUCGUGGGAUCGGUGGGAUCGAUGGGAUCGAUGAUGUGGGAUCGGAAGAGAUAGAGGAAGCAGCACUAUCUUGGGGAUCGCAUCCUCGUGCCCCUGAGGGAGAAGGGGAGCAUUUAGUAGUAGUAGAUGGUAGUAAUGUAGCAAUGAAGCAUGGAGAUACAUUACCUCGUGACCGUAACAGCAGCAGCAGCAGCAACAGCAGCGGUAAGACAUUCUCUACACAGGGUAUACUAGCUGUGCUGCAGUACUAUCAAGAGAGGGGUUAUAAGUAUGCAUUGAUGCGUGGUGGCUGUAUAAUAACGGAUGAUAUGUAUCAAUAA